GACAAGUCGUGCCCUCUUGUGUGGUGUGUUUGUGGUCGUGGUGCUCAAACGCACGUGGCUGUUCUUGUUUUCGGCAGUCUUAAGCGAGUGGUCCGUUUUUCGAGUGCUAUCAAAUCAUGGGAAAUGCCAAGAAGACAAAGAGGCGGCACCGCCAAACAUACAGCGCCAACCACAAAAAGAAGAUGAAAAAGAAGCUGAAACGCCAAGUGAAGAUCAAGAGCACGCUUAUAAAGCAAGCCUGGGAGGAAAACAAAGGCAUCUUUGACAACCUGCGUGACAUGGGCAUCGCAGCGGACGCAAACAAGGCAAUCCCCAUGGAGGUCGAUGCUCAGCCGGCGACUAAAGGCAAGCGAAAGACACGCGCUCCCAAAGAACACGUCGUGGCACAACUUGAAGCCGCGGCUUCUGAGCCUAGGCCCAGCACGCUGCGGAUGUCACAAGACGACGUCAAAUUCUGCGUCUACAUGUUGGAGAAGUACGGCGAGGACUACGCUGCCAUGGCCAGAGACCGCAAGAAUCACUUCCAGGACACGCCUGCCCAGAUUAGGCAGAAGAUAAACACAUUGAAGAAGAUCCCCGAGCAGUGGAACGCAUACAUGCGGGCUAAAGAGCUCGCAUGAGUGGUUGGACGUGUUGUGUUGCUAGAAUACACCUGUUUUAAAUACAUAA